CCCGGCGGGGAGUGUGCAGGCCCUGCAGGACGCGGAGAGCCCCGUGCGUCCUGCCCUCCUGCCUCACGCGAGCAGCGUCCCGACCGAGGCUCAAGGCCCCAACCAUGUCUCGCCUGGUGGAAUGCGUCCCCAACUUCUCGGAGGGGAACAACCAGGAGGUGAUCGACGCCAUCUCCCAAGCUGUGGCUCAGACCCCGGGCUGCGUGCUGCUGGACGUGGACGCCGGCCCCUCGACCAACCGCACCGUCUACACCUUCGUGGGGUCUCCCGAGGAUGUGGUGGAGGGGGCCCUCAACGCCGCCCGGGCUGCCUUCCGGCUCAUUGACAUGAGCAAGCACAAAGGAGAGCACCCUCGGAUGGGCGCCCUGGAUGUGUGUCCCUUCAUCCCGGUGAGGGGCGUCGGCAUGGCCGAGUGUGUGCUCUGUGCCCAGGCCUUCGGCCAGCGGCUGGCAGAGGAGCUGAACGUGCCAGUGUACCUCUACGGUGAGGCAGCACAGGUGGCCAGUCGCCGGACCCUGCCGGACAUCCGGGCAGGGGAGUACGAGGCCCUGCCUGAAAAGCUUAAGCAGGCCGAGUGGGCGCCCGACUUUGGCCCCAGCACCUUUGUCCCCAGCUGGGGGGCCACUGCCACAGGGGCACGGAAGUUCCUCCUCGCCUUCAACAUCAACCUGCUCAGCACCAAGGAGCAGGCCCACCGCAUCGCCCUCAACCUCCGGGAGCAGGGCCGGGGGAAGGACCAGCCAGGACGUCUGAAAAAGGUUCAGGGCAUCGGCUGGUACCUUGAUGAAAAGAACCUGGCUCAGGUGUCCACGAACCUCCUGGACUUUGAGGUCACAGGGCUGCAUACGGUCUAUGAGGAAACCUGCAGAGAAGCCCAGGAGCUGAGCCUCCCAGUGGUGGGCUCGCAGCUGGUGGGCCUGGUGCCCCUGAAGGCCCUCCUGGACACUGCUGCCUUCUACUGCGAGAAGGAGAACCUCUUCAUCCUGGAGGAGGAGCACCGGAUCCGGCUGGUGGUGAACAGGCUGGGCCUGGACUCCUUGUCUCCCUUCAAUCCUAAAGAACGGAUCAUCGAAUACCUGGUCCCCGAGGGCAGACCUGAGCAGCGCUUGGUGGACAAGUCCCUGCAGGCCUUUGUCCGAGAGGUGGGCGCCCGCUCCGCAACCCCGGGGGGCGGCUCAGUGGCAGCGGCCAGUGCGGCCAUGGGCGCCUCGCUGGCCUGCAUGGCCGGCCUGAUGACCUACGGGCGGCGCCAGUUCGAGCCCUUGGAUGCGUCCAUGCGGCGCCUGAUCCCACCCUUCCAUGCAGCCUCGGCCAAGCUGACGGCGCUGGUGGAUGCCGACGCCCAGGCCUUCGGGGCCUGCAUGGAAGCGAUGAAGCUGCCAAAGAACACACCGGAGGAGAGGGAAAGCCGGGCAGCUGCCCUGCAGCGGGGGCUGAGGCAGGCGGUGGCCGUGCCCCUGGAGCUGGCGGAGACAGUGGCCUCGCUGUGGCCGGUGCUGCAGGAGCUGGCCCUGUGUGUGAACUUGGCCUGCCGGUCAGACCUGCAGGUGGCGGCCAAGGCCCUGGAGACAGGCAUGUUUGGUGCAUAUUUCAACGUACUUAUCAACCUGAAGGACAUCAGUGAUGACAAGUUCAAGGACCAGGCUCCUGCAGGACGCCAAGACCCAGGCCGAGCAGGUGCUGGACCGCCUGGGGGAGCGGCGGGAGUGACGGCAGGGAGGGUCUCACUGGACUCCACACCCCCAGCGCCCUCUCUCCCUUCCCAAGAGGAUCCGGCUCGCCUGACAAGACAGGGCGGCCUUUGGAGACCGUCCCUGUGAGGCCCAGGCGGUGGGCAUGGGGGGUGGACGGGGCCUGUCUGAGGUUGGGGGUGUCGCCCACCAUCCCCUGUGGCCUCUAGUAAAGUGACAA